AUGAUAUUUCCAUGUCUUGAACGCCGCUGGCACAUCCAUCCACGGACUGAAGGACUGCCUGAGAUCUGCUACGGAAGCCCGAGUCCUGGGUGCCCCCGAUCCCACACCAGCGACGACAUCAGCGACAACCUCAGCCUCGCCACCGACCGUGCCCUGACCGGCAACAUCAUGAUGGCGAACUCGCAGCACGACAACACCAACACCAACACCAUCACCAUCACGCCCGCGCAGCUCGAGAAGCACAACACGCAGCAAGACCUGUGGGUGGCGGUGUACGGUAACGUCUACAACCUCACCUCCUUUGCCGCUGACCACCCCGGCGGCAUCGACGUGCUCAAGGACUGCGCCGGCACCGACGGUAGCAAAACAUAUGAAUAUGCCGGCCACAGCGCCUACGCCAUGAAGACGAUGCAGCAGUUCCUGGUCGGUCGCCUGGCUGAAUCCACUACUACUGCUACUACCAACCCCGCACACGUCCCAGCAGCGCCGCACGAUAGCAGCGUAAAGAUGAACGGCAGCAGCGGCGGCAGCAGCAGCAGCAGCAGCAAGUCUGCGAGGAGUAUCACAGCUACUCUGAGCCUGGGCACCUGGACCCGGGUGCCACUGCUGGCAGCAGCGGCUGUCUUGAGUGUGUUAGCUGGCUUGUAUUGGUAUUUUGGAGCGGAGCCGGAGCUGGGUCGGAAUGUUCAGAAUGCUGCGCAUGCCUUCUGGGCCGGCCUACUGAUCGCUUCGUUGUUGAGCUGCGCUGGCUUCGCGGUUCUGUAUGCCCUGUUCAGCAAGACGCUGGAGCAUGAGAAAGAUGUCUUUUCCUACCCGCCUGUGAUGCCACGGGCGAAGGUGGUGGUGGGGGUGUAG